AUGGGAACGACGGAACUUGUGAAUGCAAAAGAUUCUAUUGAAAAAGGAAUCUUAAUGAUUCACUGGUCGGGAUGGCGGAACGAACCAGAGAUUAAUUCAUGUAUUCUGAGAUCUGAGAAGUCACGAGUUAACCCUACAAAUGAAAUAGGGAUUGAAAGAGCACUUGAACCUGCUUGGAUUACAUCUAGACAAAUAGAAGCAGGCCGACGAGCAAUGACACGAAAUGCACGUCGUGGUGGAAAAAUAUGGGUACGUAUAUUUCCAGACAAACCAGUUACACUAAGACCCGCAGAAACACGUAUGGGUUCAGGAAAAGGAUCCCCUGAAUAUUGGGUAGCUGUUGUUAAACCGGGUCGAAUACUUUAUGAAAUGGGUGGAGUAACAGAAAAUAUAGCCAGAAGGGCUAUUUCACUAGCAGCAUCCAAAAUGCCUAUACGAACUCAAUUCAUUAUUUCCUAA